UUUUAGCAUUAUCAUCAGAUUGUAGGCCGGUAUGAUAAAGGGGAAAACAUUAUAGACGAUUAUUUUCGGCGUGAUUUCACAAAUAAAGAAAUCAUGAUUUUUAUGUCGCACAAUAUAAAACUUUAAGAUAGUCUGUGCUUAAAAUGCAACAACAUAUACUGCAAAAUGCCUUCCUUUGUCCCUGUGUCCUGUCCUUACGUUUUAUUCCAGGACAUGGAUUUAGUUAUUGGUUUGUUGUUGUUUUUUCUGAUGGGAAGAUGAAGGGGGGAGUAAAUCUGCAAAAUGACUGACUUGUCUUAAGUUUUGUACUUUAUUUGCACAAGUAAGAAUUUGCAUAAGUAAAAAAAAUAUUUAGAUUUGGGUCAUUGCGUUAUGCGGCAAAGAGAGUUACUUCAAAGAGACUCCUUUACUUAUUAAGAAGCUUCUGUAGAAUAAAAGGGUGUGGCUAAGGACUGUUUAUGUGCGCUGCAAAAACGAAACUGAAUGUAUGGACAAGGAGGCUUUUAGCAUCUUCUUAAUCUGAAAAAAAAAAUGAGGAUGAUGAUUUUGUGUGUGAUACUCCUGAUUCUCUUCAGCAUGGACUCUCAAUCAGAGCAUUUACAAGAGGUUGGUCUAGACGCACCUCUUGCUGCUGUAGCUGGUGAAGAUCUGGUUCUGCCAUGUUUUAUCAAACACCGCACCAGUGCUGUGGACAUGACAGUAGAAUGGUUCAAACUAUAUGUAAAGGACUCGUUAGUGCAUCUCUAUAGGGAUCAUGAAGACAGAUAUGAAAAUCAGGCUCAGUCCUACAGAGGAAGAACAACACUGUUUAAAGAGGAGCUACAGAAAGGCAAUGCUUCACUCAAACUCUCAGAUAUCAGAGUCUCUGAUGAAGGAUCUUACAAGUGUCUUGUUGAGGACAAAUCCUGGUCUGAUGACAUCACUGUGAACGUCACUGUAGAGGCUCUGGGAAGCCGCCCAGUGAUCAGGAUGGAGAGUUAUGAUAACUCUGGAGGGAUUAAUCUAGUGUGUGAGUCCAAAGGCUGGAAACCUGAACCUGAGGUUCUGUGGCUGGACAGAGAAGGAGCCACUCUGCCUGCUGAAGAUACACAGAUACACAGAGACAAUGAGGGCUUCAGUGUGAAACGUCGCAUCACUGUUUAUGAUUCUAGCGACUCCAAUAGGUUUUACUGCAGACUCCUUCAAAAACAUCACAUGAUGGAGGCAGAGGUUAUCAUUAAUAGUAAAAUCUUUGACGCUUGGAAGUGGGUUGUCGGCGUUUUAGUUUCAUUAUUCCCUUUUGCUGUUGGAUUGAUUACAACUGCAUUCAUUUGUCACAAGAAAGAGGUUGGAAAGGAGCAGCAGUACAGAGAUAUUGUGAAGAAAAAGCUAUAUGCAGUGGAUGUGACUCUGGAUCCUGAUACAGCUCAUCCCAGACUCAUCCUGUCUGAUGAUGGAAAAGAAGUGACCUGUGGAGAUCAGCAGGAUCUCCCUGAUACGCCACAGAGGUUUUCAGAUCUCUGUGUUCUGGCAAAGCAGAUGUUCUCUUCAGGGAGAUUUUAUUACGAGGUCAAGGUCAGAGGGAAAGCUGAGUGGAUAUUAGGGGUCGCUAGAGAAAACAUUUCCAGGAAGGUGAAGAUUACACUGAAUCCUCAUAAUGGAUUGUGGACUAUGGCUCUGUGGAAUGAGAAUUAUUAUGAGGCUCAUGCGAAUCCCAUUGUCCCUCUCACACUGAGAGAGAAGCUGGAGGUGGUGGGGGUGUUUGUGGAUUAUGAGGAGGGUCUGGUCUCCUUUUAUGAUGUGAAGUCCAGCUCUCAUAUCUACUCUUUCACUGGUCAGUCUUUCAGUGAGAAACUCUACCCUUUCUUCAGUCCUCGAUCCAAUGAUGGAGGUAAAAAUGCAGCACCACUGAUCAUCUCUUCUAUAAUUAAAGACUGAAUGAUUUUUUCACCACACAAAUGUAAUAAUCUGUUAAAGGGUGAGAAUAAAAA